GUCCCGCUCGUGGUCCCGCUUGUGGUCCCGCUGGUGUUCCCGCUGGUGUUCCCGCUGGUGGUCCCGCUCGUGGUCCCGCUCGUGGUCCCGCUCGUGCUGUGUUCCAGAUGGUGAUGGUCUGACCAGCAGUGGCCCUCCAACGGGCCGUACGAGGCAGCGGUUGCGGCGGCGGCAGACAGUCGCUCGGCAAUGCAAUCACCGAUCAGCGAUCUGCUAACUUGGCAAAAUUGGUUUGACGGAAGGCUUCUGUGGCGAUCCCGACCUGGAUCCAGAUCUAUGUAAGCAGCGGGUUCGGUCUUAGGAUUGGGGCCGUUAUCGAGACUUGAAUCGGGAUCUUGUGUGUGAUUUGGAUCGAGAGCCAUCGGGGCGGUUGGGGCAAUGGGACAAGGCAAUGACGAAGGUGGAACGCCGGGAUCGAGGGAAUAUGCAGCCGCGACGGCGGCGCCAGGAUCGGGAUCGGGUUCGGAAGACCAAUCAUGGGAGCAGAUGGCCCUCUUUUUGGAUGCGAUGCCGGAAAAUCCGGAGGAGAACGCUGACUUGGCAGCACUGCAAGCCCUGCAGUAUGACGACUACACUCCCGAGGAGGUUGCGGAGAGUUUGAAGAGCUAUGGCGACGACAACGAUCUAAGAUCUGAUGAUGAUAUCGGUGAUGAUGAUCUGCCGUACAUUGACGCUGGAAAGAGCGGCGGGAAGGAGAUGGAGGAGGAGACUCAAAGAUGAUGAUGAUGAUGAUGAUGACGAUGAUGAUGAUGAAAAUGAUGAUGAUGAUGACGACGACGACGGCGGUGGUGUCGUGGUUCUUUGGCGCGAUGAACAAAUCUCCCCGAGAGCU